CGUUGUGUUUGUAAAAGUAAAUGCCAGUACAUUGCCAAACGAUUUAUAGAUACGAAUAAGUGGAUUAAAAUACACAUGUCUAAUAAAAAUCUAUUGCAUCGAAGUGAUCCAGUCAUUAAGAUACUGGAUACACCGGAAUUCAAAUCGCUCUUUACACCCGAAUUAAUUCAUUUGUCAAAUAUUUUUAAGAAAUAUAAUUUUGAACUGAGAAUAGCUGGCGGAGCAGUACGGGAUAUAUUGAUGAAUAUUAAUCCAAAGGACCUUGAUUUUGCUACCAAUGCCACACCUACUGAAAUGAAAGACAUAUUUACCAAUGAGGACAUUAGGAUGAUCAAUGGUAAUGGGGAGAAACAUGGUACUAUAACGUCGAGAAUUAACAACAAACAAAAUUUUGAAAUUACCACGCUUAGAGUCGACGUUGUAACAAAUGGCAGACACGCGGAUGUUGAAUUUACAACCGAUUGGCUAUUAGAUGCGAGUAGAAGAGAUCUUACCAUAAACUCCAUGUUUUUAGAUUUAAAUGGAAAAGUGUACGAUUAUUUUUAUGGCUACGAGGAUCUUACGAAAAGAAAUGUUAUAUUUGUAGGGGAUCCUGCGGAGAGAAUAUGCGAGGAUUUCUUACGAAUUUUAAGGUACUUCAGAUUUUAUGGGAGAAUCAGUGACGUUGGAGAUAACUUUGACGUUAGAACGAUUCAAGCUAUUAAAGACAAUGUCAGUGGCCUUGAGAUCAUAUCCGGAGAAAGGAUAUGGCACGAAUGGAGUAUGAUUCUGGAAGGAAAAUUUUGCAGAGAAAUAACGAGAAAGAUACUUGAGUGCGGAUGCGGUAAAUACAUGGGAAUUCCUAAGAAUCCCAAUUACGAUGAAUUCGAUAAAGUUUGUUUGAACGCAGAGAAAAAUAAUGUUAAACUGCGACCAAUUUCUUAUGCUACCGCUCUAUUAAAUAACGAGGAUGAAGUGCUCGACUUGACAAUGCGUCUGAAGUUUACCAAAUAUGACAGGCUACUGGCGUUGUCUAUAGUGGAAUAUCGAGAAAAUGAGCUGGAUGAAAAUUCUCUGAAAUUUUAUCAGAAAUUGAUUUUGAAAAGCAUAUACAAAGUCUCGGAUGCAAAGGAAUACGUAUGUGAAUUUCUUAGAUAUAAAGGUGCCAUGGAUCUGCUAGAAAAGAUGAAAAAAUUUAAUACAAACUUUCCAGUCAGGGGUAGCGAGCUAUUACCUUUCGUAAAUGAUAAAAGAAUCAUGCAACAUGUAAUUAAUGAACUCAAAGAUGUUUGGGUUGAUAACGAUUGUGAAAUAUCCUUAACAGAAAUGAAAGAUGUCAUACCAAGUAUAGUUGAGAAAGUUAAAAAUGAAAGGAAGUACAUGGAUAAUUCGUUUAAGAAUAAUAGAAAAAAAAAGUUUCGAAAAUAUUGACUUACUUCUAUUAGGACUUGCGGUGUUAAUUAAGCCAUUUUGUAAU